AGCUGAAGUAACUGUUUAACUGAGACUUGAAAACAGUCAACCACAGUGAUGGAUCUACUGAUGCCCCUGGUUUCCAGUCCCACCACAGUGAUUGGAGCUGUUUUCCUCCUGCUUGUCCUCUAUCUGGCAUCUGCUGGUUCUACCUCCAGAGACUUGGGCAAAGAUCCUCCAGGACCCAGGCCCCUGCCUCUCCUUGGAAACCUGCUACAGCUUGAUCCCAGAAGACCCCACAAAGCCCUCUGUGAGCUUUCCAAGUCAUAUGGACCCGUCUUUACGGUCUACUUUGGAAUCCAGAAAGUGGUGGUUCUUGCCGGGUACAAGACUGUCAAAGAAGCUUUGGUCAACAAUGCAGAAGAAUUUGGAGAUCGGGACAUUACCCCCAUGUUCCAAGAUAUGAACAAGGGUCAUGGAAUUCUGUUUGCAAAUGGAGAGUCGUGGAAAGAAUUGAGACGUUUUGCUCUCACCACUCUCAGAGACUUUGGGAUGGGCAAAAGAAUUGCAGAGGAAAAGAUCUUGGAGGAGUGUGACUAUCUUAUUCAAGGGCUGGAAAAACAUCAAGGGAACCCAGUUGACUUGACUUGUCCACUAAAUUAUGCAACAUCGAACAUCAUCUCUUCUAUUGUGUAUGGAAGCAGAUUUGACUAUGAUGAUCCCAGAUUCAGGAAUCUGGUGAGUCGAGCCAACGAGACGAUACGGAUUAAUGGACACCCUCUCACUCAUCUUUACAACAUGUUUCCCAGGUGGUUCAGAUGGAUAAAAAACAGAAAAAUAAUAUUAAAUAAUGUGGAGAUGACUGUCAAAGAUGUGAAAGAUUUAGUUAAGCAUUUGAAAGAGACACUGAACCCUUCAGUCUGCAGGGGAUUUGUGGACUGCUUUUUAAUCAAGAAGCAGAAAGAAGAGGAUUCUUGUGUCAAGGAAAGCCAUUUUACUGAGCAGAACCUGGUAUUUUCAGUGAGCAACCUGUUUGCUGCAGGAACAGACACCACAGCUACAACACUGAGAUGGGGUUUGCUGUUGAUGGCCAAAUACCCUCACAUUCAGGACAAGGUCCACGAGGAGCUGGCUAAGGUGUUAGGAGGCCGUCAGGUGCGGGUAGAUGACCGGAAAAACCUCCCGUACGCCGACGCCGUCAUCCACGAAAUACAGAGAGUGGCAAACAUCAUCCCCAUGUCUAUUCCCCACAAAACCAACAGAGAUGUCACCUUUCAUGGAUACCUCAUCCAAAAGGGAACUACUGUGAUUCCUCUUCUUGCUUCUGUCCUUAAUGAUGAGAACGAAUGGGAGAGCCCUCAUACUUUCAAUCCUCAUCAUUUCCUUAGCAAGGAGGGUAAAUUUGUUAAGAGAGAUGCCUUCAUGCCAUUUUCUGCAGGACGCAGGGCGUGUCUCGGAGAGAGCCUGGCCAAGAUGGAGCUCUUUCUCUUUUUUACCUCCCUCCUUCAGCGUUUUCAUUUCACCCCUCCGCCUGGUGUUUCGGAGGAAGAGCUGGACCUGACCCCAGCGAUGGGCUUCGUCCUUGCUCCUUCAUCCCAUGAACUGUGUGCUGUCAGUCUGCAGUGAAGUUCUGUUGUUUGGCCAUGUACCAUCUGUAGCAGUGUAUAAAAAUUCUUUCCAAGAGGAAUAAAAAAAAAACAGUGAAAGAAAGCUUAUUAAUUUCCAUUAGUUCAUGAUUUUUGUGCUUGCAAACAUGUGGGGCAGUCAGAAAGUUUAUUUACUACUUUUUAUCUUUAUGCAUUUAUUUUUUUGAAUAUUAUAUACCAGACUAAUAUUAGCUUUUAUAAUCACAGAAUAAAAUAACAAUAAAAAGCUGUUGUGUGACUUUCUCAAAUCUUGCAACUGAAGUUACCAUUAAACUGGAAAAGAAGUGAGCAGAUUGAAACAUUGAUUUUGAUUUUGUUAAUUACUACUAUUCAAAAUAAAUGUGCAAAAUGUGGAAACAUUGA